AAUAGUUAAGUGUACUGAUGGAUGGUCGAAAAUUCUUAUUCGUUAUUAGUUGAUUGGUCUGGUGGUGUGUGCAGGAAAGAACGGAAACAUCACGAGCACACACGUUCCGGAAAGUCGGAAUUUGAACAAGAAGAGCAUCGGAACUUGUGAAAUAAUCCACUAGUUAAUUAUUAUUGAUAGAUCCAUUAAUGACCUCCUUAGAACCAGAAACUACCGCUAAGGUGCGUAUAGUGACUAGUAAAGGUCCUAUAGAUAUAGAUAUCUGGGCACGUGAAAUUCCAACCACAUCGCAGCUAUUCUUACAGAAUUGUGUGGAUGGUAAGUAUGAUGGUCGGAAGUUUAAUAUUACCUAUAAUAAUAAUGUCAUAGUGGCUGGAAGCAUUGAUAAAGAAUCAGAGAGUACAUACGAUCUUGAAGAUGAGUUCCAUUCAAGGAUUCGGAGUAAUAGUAAGUUUAUGUUGUGUCCCAUUAAGGAAGAUUCCGAGGUAAAGAACCAUCAAUCAUUGGAAUCGUUUAUGAUUACAACCGAGAUAAUACCGAGCUUUACUCGAAGGUAUAAUAUCUUUGGGAAGAUUACAGGAGAUUCUGUCUAUACGAUACGAAAAAUUCGAGAUGAUGACGUAGUUGAUGAAAAUGGUGAGCCAUUAUAUCCGGUGGUGAUUGAGAGAAUAGAGGUGGUGGAGGGAUACUUUGAAUUGGAGAGAAAAGUAGAACCAAAGGAGAAGGCGAAGGAGAGUGGGAGUGAGAAGAAGAGGAAACGAGUGGUGCAGUUGAGUUAUGAGGAGGAGGAAGAAAGUGUGCAGGUGAAGAUGAGGGCGCAGGGGAGGAGUGAAGAUAUAGACGAGGAACAGAUAAAAGAGCCUGUAGAAGAGGAAGUGCAUAUAGAAGAGGCAGAGAAAGAAGAGGCAGAGAAGGAAGAGGAGGAGAAGGAGACUGAGAAGGAGAAGGAGACUGAGAAGGAACAUGUACCAGAAGAGGAAGAGGAAGAGGAAGAGUCUGGGUCUGAGUCUGAGUCUGACUCAGAUGCUGAGUCACACCCAAUUCAUGUGUCAGCCUCUCAGCUCACUCGGGAUCGUCAGCUUGACUCUGACUACGACUCUAAUCUCGAUCUCACCUCUGACGAAGAGUAGUGUGAGUACUAAGUGUAUAGUGUGUAAUGUACUUAAUAGAAGUAUACUGUCAUAUGUUUUGUAUUAGAGGAUUACUAUAGACUAAGUACAUUCCAUUGGUUACACAUAGUUGACAUCAUCUCUUGUAUAGUAUCUA